GGGCGUGGCCAGCGGGAUCUGCCAUUAAUCCGACGGGGAUCUGUGCUGAAGCCACAAAGACUUGCCAGCGAAAAGAUCCAGAAAUAACACCUAAAAUGGAUAUACAGAAGCAAUAAAAGUAGAGAAAAGAGGUCGAAUAACAUGAGAGGUAAACUUUAGAGAGGAGUUUGUUUUUUCGGGGGGCGCUGAAGGUGAACGGUGUGUGGUUGGGGAUCAACAUGGAUGUCCCGCUGCGCCUGUGAGGACUUCAGGCCGUCUCUGUUUCUGCUGGAAAAGUCUCACUGGAGGAGCAGAGGGGGGUUUUCAAACAAGGGCCAAGUCGCCAGAUGUUCAGCCGGUGGAGGCGAGACGUACCGCUGUCCGAGAGGCUGGGUGAAGACUCUCCACUUGUUGGGGCUCCUGGCCUCCCACUGACCACAGUCCUCAUGGGGCCCAACAUAUCCUGGCUCCCGGAGGCCCCGCUGCUGGGCCCGGACCAGCCCACCUUCCUGAUGGCCCCAGCAGCGCAGGCUGUGUCCGGCUUCUUCGUCUGGACCGCGCUCAUCCUCACCUGUCACCAGAUCUACAUGCACCUACGUUUCUACAGCUCCCCGAGGGAGCAGCGCCACAUUGUCCGCAUCCUCUUCAUCGUUCCCAUCUAUGCCUUCGACUCCUGGCUCAGCCUUCUCUUCUUCACCAAUGACCAGUACUACGUGUACUUUGACACCGUCAGGGACUGUUACGAGGCUUUUGUAAUUUACAACUUCCUCAGUCUGUGCUACGAGUAUCUGGGAGGAGAGAGCGCCAUCAUGGCGGAGAUCCGCGGGAAACCAAUCGAGUCCAGUUGUCUGUACGGUACCUGCUGCUUGAGGGGAAAGGCUUACUCCAUUGGCUUCCUGAGGUUUUGCAAGCAGGCCACGCUGCAGUUCUGCGUGGUCAAACCCCUCAUGGCCAUCAUCACUGUGAUCCUGCAGGCCUACGGCAAAUAUAAAGACGGAGAUUUCAAUGUUGCCAGCGGAUACCUGUACGUGACCAUCAUCUACAACAUCUCGGUCAGCUUGUCUCUGUACGCUCUCUUCCUCUUCUACUUCUCCACCCGGGACCUGCUCAGCCCUUACCGCCCCAUGCUCAAGUUCUUCAUGGUCAAGUCCGUCAUCUUCCUCUCCUUUUGGCAAGGAAUGCUGCUGGCGAUCCUGGAGAAGUGCGGGGCCAUCCCUCAGAUUAACUCGCCAAAGGUGUCUGUCGGCGAGGGGACCGUUGCCGCUGGUUACCAGAACUUUAUUAUUUGCAUAGAGAUGUUUUUUGCGGCACUGGCGCUGCGACACGCCUUCACGUACAAGGUCUACAUGGAUAAAAGUCUCGAUUCCCGAGGACCAGUUCCUACAUACGGAGAGUUCGGCCGCUGCGCCCCGAUGAAAAGCAUCUCCAGCAGCCUGAAGGAGACGAUGAACCCCGGUGACAUGGUCCAGGACGCCAUCCAUAACUUCUCCCCGGCCUACCAGCAGUACACGCAGCAGUCCACGCUGGAGCAGGGGGUGCCGCCGGCGCUCUUUCGGACCAACAGUACCGUCGGCGCCCGCGGCGACACGGAGAAAACCCUUCUGCUCACCUCAGAUGAUGAAUUCUGAGCGAGCGCUCCUCUUCCUGCUGCUGAAUUCAUUCAUUCAGACUGAUAUUUCAACAGUAAAUGGUACCCAAUCCAGCCAGUGAGACGGAUUAUGAUUGUGUUUUUUUUUUUUUUGGUUACUGAUCAUAAAUGCAAAAGCCUUCCUACAUAUACACUUCUGCAUCCACACAACCCAAACACCUCAUUUGUGAGGAACACUUGACACUAAUUUGAUGUCAAACUUGGAAAAGUUUGAGUCACACUCAUACGUUAUGAAUCAUGCUUGACAUUCAGAGCAACGUUUUUUGGCUUGAACACAAGCUUAUUUUUAUAUUUUGGUUGAGUCAUCCUUCCUUCGCCCUGAUCUGUGUCUCGGUGGCCGCGGGUUCAUCCUAAGCUGAUGCCAUGUUUUAUUCUGCUAUUUAUUUGCUUAAUGUGUAUGACUUCAUAAAGCAACACGAGGCAAAAGCAUGAAUGUAAGGCUUAUUUUGAUUUGAUCAGUUUGGCCUGCCAGAACUGUCCAUGACUGCUGUGGCAGUCCUGCACUACAGUCGUAUAAGUGUGGUUAAAAAUGCACGGGGAAUAAGAAUUAAUGAGUGAGCUGGAACGACGAUGAUGGGGUGCCCCUUGCUGGGCCGUCUGUCAGAAACAUGUGCGAAUGUCACUUGCAGUUUAUGGAUUAUGCAGUUCAACCGCUUCAGUCAGGCCAGGAGUGAAGAGCCAGUCGGGAUUACAGUUGUGUAACUGGGGCGUUAUUUGAAUUGCUGGGAUUAAAGCUUACGCUGGUUCGCUCUGGCCGCGGAGGCGGACAUUGUGCAGGCCACAAUGUAGGUUAAAAGGAUCGAGGGGAGAACCAAUAGAGGAAUCUGGGUCAAAGCUCAGCCUGCUCCUUUUAAUCAAACUUGAAAGCAUUUUUUUUUCUUUCUUCUUUCUGGUAUCCCAAAUGCCAGAGCGGGAAAUGACUGGAGUGAUGAGUCACCAGUUGCUGGUUGGCUGCGUUUCGUGACCACGGCAUGAACGGUAUUCUUUGGCUGCCUGCACCGAUGUUGGUUAAAUCACAUCCAGUGAUUUCAAGUUGACCCCAAAUCUGAUUCAUUUACCAAAACACACCCACUGAAACACUGAAAUAACCACUCUCUCUUUUUAUGUAAUGCAAAAUACACAUUUCUGACUGACUUUUGAACACGUUUCAGAAAAGAAUCCCUCCAUAAGAGUAAAGGUCAGUCAACAGUCUAAAUCAAAAACGUAUAAUGCAAAGACUUGUUGUUUUUGUGUUUAUUUUGUUUCCACUAUCCCACACAGUCCUUUCCAUAUUUUGUUUAAAGUCAUAAUUGGAGUUCUUGAGUCAUCUCUGACUCAUGACAAACAUGCCAACGCGCUUACUUGUAAUAACUUUCACUGCUUUGCUGUGUUGUAUUUUGGACACUGGGGGGCGUACACAGAGUCCCAGAGCAGACGUGCCCCCCGCCUCACAUCUAACACACAAUCCUUUGUCUUAGUCACAUUCUGCCGCUAAUCUUAUUAUCGUCUGGGUGUUUUCAUCAGAACAUAAGUGUGCCCUGUGUUUCCCCCGUUAACAAAAUGUUAGAAACAGCAGAGAGCUGCUGCCUAUUUUUAGACUUUCUACAAACCAGAUUAUCUUUAGUUACAGUUGAUUGGAUAUAUUAAAAAAGAGCUUUCAAUUCAAAUGAAACAGUAUCAUCUUCUGCAUUUACUGCACUUUGAAUGCCAAGACUCACUAAUGCACUCUUAUCUCCGUUCUGUGCUGCGAUGUUAUUCUGUGACGUGUGCGUGUGUGUGUGUGUGUAGACUAAUGUACAUAAAGUUUUAAGUGCUCUCUACAGGAAGCAUUUUUAAGGUGGGUUCAGAUGCGACAAUGAUGAAAGACUUUUGAUAUUUUUUAUUAUUAUUUUAAUAGAUUUUAGCUUCUAGUUAUUUGUUUAAGUUGCUCACAAUGCUACUAUUUCAGUGUCAAAUGGAUGGCCAGAGAAUUGAAAAUAAAAUAUAUUUAGU